GUUGAUAGUGGCAUUUAGUAUCCAUUAUUAUGGUGUUAUCAAGGUAUCAGAAAUCGAAUUGCGCAUAAUUCAACUGUUAUUUGAGUUUACUUUUUGCAACAGCAUUUAAGUUGUUCUAUUUAAAUCUAACAACUCGAUGCUAAAUUAUUUUAGAAUGUUAAUUACUUUUCAAUAUAGUCUUUUUUAACAAGAUUAAAUAGUCAUUUUUGACAUAAUAGCAAUCUUUUCUAUGAGCAAAUGUUUUAUUAUUAUCUGUUUUGUUCAUUAUUAUCCAUUUUCCUAUCAGUAAAUGGAUAUGAAGUCACACUUGAACAGAAUGGACCAAUUAUCAUCGGUGGUACUAUUAAUUUUUGGGCCAAAAUAAAUGGAAGCAAUUCUUCUCAAUACAAGUAUACAUGGACAGAUAUCAAACGUUCUCUAAAGGAAUCAUUUGUAUCUAACCAACCAACAAAUGAUUGGAACUUGACAUAUACUAAAGGAAAGGAUUCCGUUGGAACAUAUUUUGUCGAAUUAGAAGUAUGUGAACAUACUUUAUUCAUUUACUGGCCUUGUACCAAACAUCAGACAAUAUUUAAUGUAACAGAUGACAUAAAUGGAAAAAUUGAAUUUCUUCAGAACAAUACUGUACAAAGUAGUGAUUAUGUGUCGAACUACACUGAAGUCGUUCACAAUAUUUCAAUAAAAAGCACUGAUAUAGAAUUUUUAGAAGACAAUAACUUCACAACUGUCGCAUUUUGGUUCCUAAAUUGCAGUUAUUAUGGAAUGUCCUCUGAUCUGGUCUUCAGGUACAAUUACACUACCGCUGAUGAAGAUACAACAGUUAAAGCCGUCAUUGUUGCUGCUAAAUUGAACGAAACAUCAAAUCUGACCGAUGCUUUCUCCGAUAAACCCGGUGUGGAGGGAUCUUGGAACAGUAGCAAUAUAUCGACGACUGUUUUGUCUCCUUGGCCUGAUGGUUCUUGUCAAGACUCAUUUAUUCCCAAGGACCCCGAUAAAUACUAUGGAUAUUUUCAUCGUGUAGUUAAACCUAGGCGUCCUAUUCAAGGUGUUAGAAGUGAAAGGGAAUAACUGGCUGAAGAAUGGUGACCUCCUUGAUCUAACGUUAACAUUCGCUGGUUCUCCUCCUUAUUUACAUUGUAUAAAAUUUAUAACUGGUGAAUAUAAUGCAACGGGAAACGAAACCUGUAUUCACCCGACUGAAACACCUCCCCAGAUUAAUGUCAUCCAUUAUUUUGGAACUGGAGAAAAACAUACUGUUCUCUUCAUUAUAGCAAACAAUGUUUCUAGAAAAGUCACCGCAGUCGUUGUAACUAAUUAUAUUGCUAAAAGACACGCUCAGUUAUCUGUUAUUAUUGUUCCUAUCAGUUUCACAGCCCUUGCGGUUAUCCUUAUCGUGUUUGGAGUAGCAUACUACAUCCAAAGUAAAAAGAGGUACACAAUAGAAGUUGCAAACUUUGAUUUCUCUGCCAGUAACGAUACAGAAUACAAGAGUUUCAAAGAUAGAUUACGGGAAGCAAUGAGUUCCGCCUUCACACGGGUUACCGAAGAGGAAUCAGAAGAAGGUCCAUAUUGGUCUCCGUCCCGCAAACCUGCUAAAAAUGCGGUACAGUUUGAAAAUUCAGAUACCGAUUCACAAGAUAGCAAUUGA